AUGUCGACUUCGCAAACAAUACUCUUCCUCGGCGCAACCGGUGGCGUCUGCGGCGCUGCUCUUCAACUUGCCCUCUCAGCCGGCAUCAACUGCGUCGCCCUGGUCAGGACGCCAGCGAAGCUGACCGACAAGUACCCUUCCAAGCCCAACCUUACCGUCGUCCAAGGCGAUUCCAGGAACAUCGCAGACGUGAAGCGUGCCCUCUCCAAACCUAGCGAUGUGGCAUCAUCCGGCCUGGUUGACAUCGUCGUUAGCUCCGUUGGAUCCUACCCAUCCAUGCGCAACUUUGGCGCCAACGAGGAUCCGACGCUUUGUGAGGAGUCCAUGAAGGCUCUCUUGUCUGCUGUGGAGGAGCUUAUCGCUCAGGGCGGGGUGCAGAAGUUGUCGCCGCCGAGGAUCAUCGCCGUCAGCUCGACUGGCAUCUCCGACUUUGGCCGUGACGUGCCCCUGGCAUUGGCUCCGCUCUACUACCUCCUGCUGGCCAGUGCUCACAAGGACAAAAGGAAGAUGGAGUCUCAGCUGAUCACCGACAAGGCGACUGGCAAGAAGGCCCCGCCCGCUGCCGGCAGCGCGAGGCCCGAGUUCACAGUUGUUAGGGGCAGCAUGUACGUUGAAAGCAAAGAUGGCGGCAAGGCCAAGCCUGUCCGUGUCGGUGUCGAAGACCCAUACAAGGGCAUUGAAUCGCAAGCCAUUGGAUAUACAAUUGCGAGAGAAGACGUCGGCAAAUGGAUUUUCCACAACUUGAUCAGUGACGCCACGGGGGCCAAGAGGUAUAUCAACAAAAUGGUAACGGUCACAUAUUAG